AUGAGUUAUCUGCUUUUCAUCCACUUUUUUCGAUGGCUUGUUCUUACUAGGUAUUAUCUGGACAUAACAGGACCGAUGAUGGUAGCUGUGCAGAAGAUCACCACCUUGGCUUUCUCACUUCAUGAUGGUAAAGUGAAAAAGAAGGAAGAGCUGAGUGAAGUGCAGAAACGGGAAGCAAUUACAGAAGUUCCGUCGUUAGUCGAGUAUAUGUCAUAUGUCUUCAAUUUCCAAACGGUUAAAAUAGGUAUGCUUCAGACGGCUCUUACUGGUCCGGUAAAUUUUUUCUCGGAUUAUGUAGCAUUCCUUAGCGGCGUUCACGUCACACCCGGGAAAGAUGGAAAGGUGAAGGAGCCAUCGGCGCUUGGUGCAGCCGUACGCAAGCUGGCCGAGUCUUUUGUGUACUUAAUGAUCAUAGCCACUUUUGGCGCUCGUUAUCCUCCGGAGAUCAUCGCUGAAAAACAGUUGGUUAUAUCGUCCUCUUAA